CUUUUAGUUGACUCAAAGAGCUCGCAGUGUAAGCACAUGCGCUAAGCACUCUGCUAUAUAUAUUCGUGAUGAUCAGUCUGUUUUGAGCUCUUCAUGAAGAAAGAUCACUUUUUGUUCAUUUGCACAGGAAGUUUAUUGACUUAUUUGUGAAUUUAUUUAGACUGCAAAAAAGGACUUCCUAAUUUGUGAUCAACUAUCCCAAUUUUAAAGUGUUGUGGAAAUUACACUAAAAUGGGUCUGAAAGACUUUGUGCACGCACUUGAGCCAGUUCAGUUGUACAUUGUACUCAUAUUAUCAAUCAUAUACUUUCUCAUCCAGCUAUUCUUCAGCCACAUAACACAUGCCCUCACUCUCCUUGUGAACUCUUAUCAUAUGCUGUGUAAUAUUAUCGCUCUUACUGGAUGCAUAAUUACAAUUAAGUACAGCACAAAAGCAUCCCAUCCAAAUGCAACGUGUAAAACGGAAAAGCCCACAAAGGACAAUGAAAAUGCCAAUCACAUUGAGGUGUACACGAGUUCCGGUGAACAGAGAUUGCAGCAUAUCAAUGAGAGUGGGAUGCUGCGGAAUACCUUUGGUUGGACCCGAAUUGAUCUACUCACAAUGAUGAUUGUUUGCAUCUUCCUGGCGGCAUUCUGCUUUUCCCUCCUCGUUGAGGCUCUGCAAACGCUCAUCCACAUUAACUAUGCUGACACAAUGCACCAUCCCAUCCCCGUGUUAAUUAUCGGUGCUGCAGGACUUAUUCUCAAUGGGCUCUGCUACCUCCUCAUUGGUGGCUAUACAUUCCAUCAGGGGAGCUUCUUGCACAUCACAUCAAGUGGGAAUGUUGUGCUAGAUCGUGUUGUGUCGGAAAGGUCCAUUCAGAAAGGCGAGAGACGCCUGUCGCGGACAAAGAAGCAUCCAGUUAACAUUGUCCAGGAAAGCCGUCAUAGACAGAGCUACAUGGAAAUCUCUCGGGAUGUGUGCAGUUGCAUCUUUGUGAUUGGAUGCUCACUUAUUGUGUUCUUCAUUGAUAAUGAAAAAAUCACCAAAUUCAUCGAUCCCGUGAUCUCCAUCAUCUCCUGCAUAGUUCUCAUUGUACUUAGCUAUCCAUACAUGAAAGAAUCAGGACUGAUACUACUACAAACAAUUCCGGGAUCCAUUGAUAUUGAGAACUUCAAGAAUACCCUCCUGAAGACAUUUCCAGACAUUGAGAGUGUCCAUGAUCUCCAUAUUUGGCAACUAACACGCAGUAAAUACGUCUCAACGGCUCACGUAAUCUUUCAAGAUCCCAAGACGUAUGCCCGCGUAAUGGAGGACGUCUUGGCAUUUUUCCGUGAUCAAGGAAUAACCAUUGUAACUGUUCAGCCAGAAUUUAAAGUAAAAUCCCAAUCAAUGGAAAGGAGAUCCCCAGCAAAUUGUCUUUUUGGAUGCCGCGAUAAUUCGUGCAUGGAUAAAUAUUGCUGCAAGAGUGAUGAAGAUCUUGUGCCUGAAAUUUGUCUUGGAGACACGAAGGAAAAUUCCAUCACAAAUAUGCAACAAUCAGUUGGAAACAAAGAGGAAGAGAAUGAAAAUGUCAGUAUUAGUUUAAAAAAUAUUAGUCAACAAUUUAAUUCAUAUCCUCUAAGGCGAUAUAAAAGUGAACCUCAUUUAUCAACUAAUGAGCAGCACACUCAGAGAAUUUCCAGUGAAGUGGACUAAACCAUGCGAUGUUCAAUAUUUAGUAAAAUCUACUAAUUACUUUUUUUUUAAAAAAGAACUCUACGGGUCUUUGACUAGAAAAUCUUUAUUUUUUCAAUCUUACAGUGCCAGUGUAACCGAACUAGACUUUAGUAGAAAUUGUAAUUUUUAACGAAUUUAAUUGAUGAAUUAUUUUUUAUCAUGUUGUUUUAAACAAUAAAUCAUCUCUAUAUAAUAAAGAAA